CCAGCAAGCAGCACGCUUCAGACCACUUUCUUCCCACUCCUGCGGAGCCGGCGAGCACGCGGACGGACCCGAUGUCCAGGCGCCGAAGCGCUGGGCGACGCGCGAAUCUGCAGGCAUGCUGGCCGCCUCCGUCAGAAGGCCCCAAUGAGCGGUGCGAGAGCGCAGCCGCGCGCAUGGUGGUGCCGCCCCCGGCGCUGCCCCGGCCUGCGCCGUGCGCACAGAGCGCGGCUCUAGCCCGCGGAGGUCUCCAAGUGUCUCGGGAGAUAGGGAGAAAGGGGGAAGCAGGAGUGGGGGGAGGGGGCGAGGGAGGAGGAGGAGGAGGAGGCUGUAGCGUCCCGAAGAAAGCUCCAUCCACAAUCAUCGACGAACCCCCGCACGUUGCGGGAGUUCAGCUGCGAGACGCGAAACGCGGGCGAAAUCCGCCGCCUCGGAGUCCAAGGGCACCCAUCGCUUCACCCUCUCCAAUUAAUGCGGAGGAAGCGGUGGAAGUGAGAAAUGAUAGCAACAAGCCGCAGCCGAGGAAGGGAGGAGGAUGAGGAGGAGGGAGGAGAAGCAGCAGAAGAAGGAGGAGGAGGAGGGACAGGAGGGAGGAGGAGGCAAACGAUCCCGGGUACGCCCGGACUAAAGGCCCUGGCCGGCGCACCCCCUCCCCCGGGAGCGGCCGCCUUUUGCGCGUCGCUCUCGGGGGAACCACCCCGUUUGAAGGAAGGUGGGGGGGGGCGCCGGCUCCCGAUCAACGAGAGUCAGCCGCGCGGGGAAGUUUCGCGGCCGAGGACGAGGAAGGAGGAGGAGGAGGAGGAGGAGGAGGUACGAGGUACCCGGAGGUUCUGCAGAGCCCACUGGAGCCAACAAGCAUUGCACAGCCCUGCGGCAGCCCUACGGCAUGCCGUCCGUGAGCCCCUCUCGCUCCCCGCUGGCCCACUGCCCGCGGUCGGGGCGGCCUCGGGCGCCCGCAGCUCCACCUCCCGCGUGUCCUCCCUGAUCUUGGUGGUGAAAGCAGGGGUCUAUCCUUCGCCCCCAUCGACGGCGCCCUCGAUCAGGCGGCAUUCGAUGGCCGCCAGUGCGAGCAUAGCGACCGCCACACGUGCCAGACUCCUCCAGGCAGAGGAGGAGCUCGAGCUCUUGGAGCGAGCAGUGAAGUGAGUAGUUGGCGUGGCCAUCGAUGUGACUCGGAUGUGAAAAGGAUGGGCAGUGAAUGGCCAGUGUUUGACGGCCAAAGUUUCGUGGUUGAGUAGUGAAAAAUGCUCCGAGCGUCUCCGAAAGAUUUCGAGUGCUCUUGAGCCGCAAUUGC